GCGAAGAUCUUCAUAUUUCCUCGCAAAAAAGCUUUGCGUGCAGUGUAUCUGGAACAAUGGAGCGAUUAAUACUGCUUCUGGUGGCAUAUUUCAUUUAUUUGCGGGUGGCUCUUGUUUUCUCACGUCCCAGUGCAAAAACACGCACGCUGGGCGACGACGACUGGACGCACCAUAAUUUCGAUCAAAUGACCGCUUAUCUUCAAGAUCUUCAUCGACAGUACCCAAAAAUCACGCGUCUCUACAGCAUUGGAAAAUCGGUGCAAGGCCGAAAACUUUGGGUCGUGGAAAUCUCUGACAAUCCGGGCAAACAUGAGCCCGGUGAACCAGAGUUCAAAUACGUUGCUAACAUGCACGGUAACGAAGUUGUGGGACGCGAACUUCUUUUGCAUUUGGCGAAAGCAUUCUGUGAAAAUUAUGGCCGUGAUGCGAAUCUCACCAAAAUGGUUGACACCACUCGUAUUCACUUGAUGCCAAGUAUGAACCCGGACGGCUACGAGCUUGCAGCAGAAGGUGAGAACAGGAAGGAUUGGAUUAUCGGACGAAGCAAUGCGAACAAUGUUGAUCUGAACCGUAACUUUCCUGACCAGUUUUUUAAAAGCGUGACGGGACCGCCUCAAAUCGAGACCAUAGCUGUGAUGAAAUGGAUCUCUGAGUAUCCCUUUGUGUUGAGUGCCAACCUCCAUGGCGGCUCCUUAGUGGCAAAUUACCCAUUUGAUGACAGUCCAACUGGGCAGAGCGAGUACAGUAAGUCUCCAGAUGACGACGUCUUUAAAGAGCUUGCCAAAUCCUAUUCUGAGGUGCAUCCAACUAUGCACCUUAAGAAUCCACCCUGGCCUUGCCCUGAAGUCCCCCCGGAUCACUUCAAUGAUGGUGUCACAAAUGGAGCAGCUUGGUACAGCGUGUCAGGGGGGAUGCAGGAUUAUAACUACAUGCACUCAAACUGCUUCGAGAUAACCAUAGAACAAGGCUGUAAGAAGUUCCCAGAGGCAAGCCAAUUACCUAAGGACUGGGAGGAAAACAAACGAGCACUAAUAGCUUUUAUUGAUCAGGUACACAAAGGGGUGAAAGGGUUUGUAAAGGACGGCCAAGGAAAUCCAAUUCCUGGUGCACAUAUCCGCGUUGACAAUCGUAAAAAAGACAUCAUAACUGCAAAAGAUGGGGAUUAUUGGCGACUUCUUCUCCCUGGGGGCUACAAAGUCACCGCCAUGGCCGUGGGAUACGAGCCCUUAUCAAAGGAUGUUACAGUAACCGAGGGAGAUGCCAAAGAGCUGAACUUCGUUCUGAAGAAGUCAGCCCGGGGAAACAGCUCCCUGGACUCCGAACAGGUAGACAGUAAUGAUGAACCAAAUCCUGUGGAAGAUUCAAAACCGGAACCCGGAUCCCCGACUAAUGUUGGCUCCAUGGAACCGAGCGGGGCUCCCGUGGGAGGCAUGACAAUGGGGGAUGGGAUGUCGGACGGUGGGGACUACGGGAUGGUUAUGACUGGAGGUGGUAUGGGAGCUCCGUUACAGUUGAACGAUCAAUUCGGGGUGUCUAAUGCUGUGGAAUCUCCCAGUGAAAACGCUGGUGGGGGGAUAAGUAUGGGAAAUAAUUUCGACACGGGGGGUCCAAUAGGGGAUGCGGAGCUUGAUCGUUUUGCGAUGAUGUCCCCCUAUGAGGCUCAGUCUAAGGAUAAUACCAAGGGGCUUUUUCGUGUCUCAACCGACGAGCAUGAACCCCACGCCUUAUAUGCUAACGACGGCGAAGGGAAUGGGAACGAUAAUCAAGCUGAGACCAAUAUCAUCAAAAAAAGCGAGCUCGGUAGACCCCGAAAGAAAUGAGUAUAUCGUUAGUUUCUGAUCAGCAAUCGAAGCUCCGUUUUUUUUCCCUUCAAAUUAGGGUGCUCUAAAAAAAAGCACUAAGGAAUGUGCUUCAGUGAAUGAAUAAUAUAGAUUGAUGUGUGGUUUUAAGUGUUCUCUGUCGAUUUAACGCAUAUCGCAUCUCGAAUAAACCCCGGAUCACUAAGCUCCCUUCACACGGCAAAAUUUUGAUUAAAAGCUGGAGGAAUCCUGUUUUCCCAGGGUAAAGUAACCACUCAGCAACGAUAAACAAAUUAAAGAUCCUUUGUUACAAGAACAUCAGCUGAUUUUCUCUAUGCUUUGUUAAUGUUAGCCCCUUGAUUUAUCGACAACAGCGGUGAAUUUUCUCCGGAGACGAAAGUAGUCUCUACUAAGUUUUAUCACAUGAAACCCGGAGCGGAAUCGCGAUCAUUGUCUUUUAGUCUCCAGGAUCCUUUACGGAUCGGUCAUGAUUUAUCAUC